AUGGCCAUCGUCCAGAGACUGCCUGCCAGCCUAGAUGUCCACUUGGGCUUGCUGCUCUCUCCACCCCUCUCAAUCAGAUUGACUGCCAGUUCCUGGAACCCUACCAAUAAAAAGAUACGACUACUCUCCUCAUGGGUGAAGGAGACGCCCGCAGCCCCCACUCACCCGCGCCGAGAGGUCUGGAGGAAGCCGCGCGGCUGGGAAGGAGGCGGUACUGUCGCACUCGGGGACGUAAGGGAGGGAGGAAAAGGGCAGCUGCGGCGGGAGGAGGCUGGGCACACGCGCGGGAGUCGUCGUCGUCGUCGUCGUCGUCGUCGCCGCCGCCGCCGCCUCCGCCGCCGCUACCGCCCCCUCAGCUUCUCUGGGUUCCGCUGCCCCGCGCCCGCGCCGCUUGCGCGCCCCGCCGCACUGACAGCGGCGCGAGCCCCGCAGCCGCGAGCCCUGCCCUCGGCCGGCACCACUGAGGCGCGCGGGGGUGGGGGCACCCGGAGCGGCUCCCCGCUGCUCAGCCCCGCCCGCCGCUCCGGCCCUGGUCCCGGGCUCUCCCCCUUCUCUCUGUCUCCCCGGAAGGACACGGUGACACGAGAACUAGGAGUCUGCAGCCCCGCCCAGAAACAGCCCGGCUUCUCAAGCGCAUGGGCUCUCCCCACCCUCUCAGCCUGGCUUUGGAAAGGUCCAGAGCUUCGGCGGGGACAGGAGGAAGGCGGGGCCGGGGCGGGGCCUGAAAGGGAGGAGGGACUGAGACGCGGCUUGGGGAGGCGGGGCUGGGGCGGGAAGAGAGAGUCGCUUGCACAGGUUUGGAGCCGAAGUAGGGGCGGAGCUAAGAGGGUGAUGAGGCCCUGGUAAGAGUGUCGCCGGACAGGCAGGGAAGGCCGUGCAGGCGAUGGAGAGCUGGGAGCCCGGACAGUGCUUGAAAGGAGAUGCUGUGGGCGGGGCUAAAUGGAGAACCGCCCAGAGAGCGGAGCCACGGACGGAGGGAGGCGGGGCUGAAGAGAAGCCUAGAGUGGGAGGAAGGUGCUAGUCCUCCCUCCUACACAUUUCUCCUGUCGGGAUCUCUCACUUGAAUCGUGUUCCAGCCUCCAGUGAACCAGUCUUCCUAACGAGAGCACAAGAGGCCCGUUGUCCUUCAUUCUUCAGCUAUGGACUUCCCUGAAAGUUGAGAACUGACCAUAUUCUCGAUGCCUGCUCUGACCUGUGAUUUCACGACUCACAUCGCUUCCCCAGAACCUGCUUAACAGACGGGAUUCCUGAGAAUGGAGCAGAAUUUGAAUUCAGAGUCCUGGCUUUGCCAUACCAGCAGUUAUAAUUGCCCUUCUGUUGUUUGAUGACUCCCUGCCCUGCUUCAAAAGGAAGAGAAAUCAAAUUAAAGAGUUGACGACCCUGAGGGCAAGGCCUCGGACGUUAUUCCCUAAACUCUGCUUUAAUAUCACCUCCUCAAAAGAAAUCUUCCCUGAACACCUUGUCUCGAGAUGUUCUCUAGUUUAUCUUCUU